AUGCAACAAGAGCAAAACAAUUUAUCACACAAAAAUCAAGUUUCGGAAACUUUUAAUAAUUCAUUGGUUGAUGAGGAUGGUAGUGUUGUGGAUUUAUCGUUUUUGGAUAGGCCUUUGAAGUCAAAAAUGAUUUUUAGUAGAGCCAAUGACACAUUUUCCUAUUAUAAAACAAUUGAACAAUGCAGAGGAGACGGAAUUAAAGCAUUAAUGGAUCCAAAAGUUAAAAACUUGUUACAAAUUUUGACAACACCAAAUUCAAGAGUAAAACUCAAUGGAGGGUUGGACUUUAAAAUAUGUACCAAGGAUCAACUCUUUCCACAAGAAUUCAAAAAAUUUCAAAUUGGAGGAUAUUAUUCACCAACCAGUCAGCAUAUUGUCAUUUGUUGUGACAGAAUGGCAAAUCCUGCUGCAUUAAAGGAGACAAUAGCUCAUGAAAUGGUUCAUGUAUAUGAUUUGGCUAGAUUUGGAGAUUUAGAAGACUGUAACAUUAGAGCAUGUUCUGAAAUAAGAGCUUACAACAUGACUGGCACUUGUGAUGACGCAAAAAAUCAACAGAAAUAUGAUUACUCAAGAGAGGAAUGUGCCAAAUAUCAUGCACUACUUUCUACUAUUCCAAUGUGUGGCCAAAUUCAAGGUAGAGUCUCACUAGAGCAAGUUUUUUAUUCGUGCUUUCAUGACCAUACACCUUUUGAUAUGAAUACACCUGCAUCCAAUCCAAUUCGAUCCACCACAGUAAGAAGACCUCCUAAUAGCUUUGGUUCAAAUAAUAAUCAAACAGCUCAAGUGGAUGUAGUGAUUCCGGAGGAAAAGACAAGCACAAAGAGAGAGCUCUCAAGGAGAAGUUCUAGAAAACAAGUUAAUUAUAAUGAACAAAACUCAGAUGAUGAAGAAGAUGUAGAAAAACCAAAAAGAGGAUCUAAAAGGAAAAAGAAAAAGAUUGCUAAACAGGAAAAUUCAGACUCGGAAUCAAUGUAUGUUGAUGAUGAUGAAGGAGGAGUACCUACUUGUGUCAGAGUUUCACAAUUACCUAAAAUUUUGGAAACUUUAAUGGCUAGCAUUCCUCCAAAUGUCACACUUGAUAGUUAUGGUAUCCAAACCAUGUUAUUGAAUUGUGCUAUGGAUACAGAGAAUUUUACUAGUGAGGAACUAUUGACAAAAUUCUGUCAAAAAGUCAUUAACAAACAUACUGAGUUUAGGAUCAAAGGACUAAAGUCUUGGCAGAGUGAUGACUUGCCAAACAUUGAAAAAACUGAAGUUAAAUCUGAAAAAGAGGAAGAAAAUGAUGACGAAUGA